UGCACCGUACACCAUACACCGUACAACGAAGAAUAGUCCCCAACGCAAAAAUGUCAGGCAGCGCAAUCAUCCUGGAGAAAGACUUCCUGAUCAGUGCCACGGACAACGCAAACUUUGACCGUGUCACCAGAAUCUCUGCUUCUACGGCCGACAAGGACAUCGAGAUCGAGCUUGACAUCAACUCCGAGAUUUACCCUCUUGAGGAGGGCAGGAAGGUCAGACUAGUCCUUGCAAAGGCCUUGGCUUUGGAUGGUUCCAGAGACGUGAAUGCUGAAGGUCGGGGGUGGAGGGAGACUUCUGAAGUAACGCUAGCCGAAGAAUACGAAUAUGUCUGCUACGGAAAGGUCUAUCGUCACGAUGAGCAUGGAGAGACUGACUUGAUCUCGGUGUAUAUCUCCUUCGGUGGGCUGCUAUUGAUGGUGAAGGGAAACUACAAGGACUUGCAGGGACUGAAUCAAGACAACGUAUAUCUUUUGAUCAAGAAGCAUGAGCAGUAGGGCAAAUGAACCAGGAUCACAUAUCAGAGAACUCGGCAGAACGAAGGGCACAUUGAAAGGUUGCAAGGCACAUCAAAUGAAGCAUAGAUCAAGGCUGAAGGAAGCAGCGAGGAUCAGCCCUGGGGAGUCGGAGAGGUCUCACUUUCUGACGUCUCAUUCACAGAAGUACACAUGCACGGAAGCGACGGUACUCGUGCUGCGUACAGCGUAAGAGCGGGCUGC